AUGCAUGUGAUCUUGUACAUUUUGCUCGGCCUCAUGGCCGGGUCUGCACUCGCAGCUUCCGACCCCCCUUCAUGCAGCACUUCGAAGUCCUGCCCCAAGGAAUAUCCCUGCUGCUCGGAAGGGACCUGUGGCACUGGCACCUACUGCCUCGGCGGAUGUGAUCCCCGAAUGUCAUACUCCCUGGAUGCCUGUACUCCCAAGGCCGUGGGCCAGAAUCGAACCUUCUCCUGGCCAAAUCUUGACAACGCUGCUCUGAACACGAAGUAUCUGGGCAAUGCAUCUGAAUCGGACUGGGAAUAUUCCGGAUCUCCCAAGCUGAAGGAUGGAAAUAUCAUCUUGACUAUGCCUAAGAAUAGUGUCGGGACGCUUGUUUCUAGCACACACUAUAUGUGGUACGGGAAGAUCGCGGCUGAUGUCAAAAGUAGUCGUGGGAAGGGCGUUGUCACUGGCUUUAUCCUGAUGUCUGAUGUCAAGGAUGAGAUCGACUUCGAAUGGGUGGGCUCUGACCUGGAGAAUGUGCAGACCAACUUUUAUUUCCAAGGAAUCACGAACUAUCGCAUAGAUGAGAUUCUGACAGCACACUUGAAAUUUCCAGAUACAAAUGGGGACAAACUUUCGACCAGUGACAAUACCUACUCCAGCUGGCAUCACUACGAGAUCAAUUGGACGCCCCAGGCAAUAAAAUGGUCCGUAGACGGAACGGUGAAGCGAACACUCACCAAGAAAUCCACCUGGAAUGCCACUGCCAACCGAUACGAGUACCCCCAAACCCCGUCUCGCAUGCAGCUUUCACUUUGGCCGGCCGGCCGAGCGAGUAACGCACAGGGUACUAUUGACUGGGCCGGCGGCGAGAUCGACUGGAACGCCGCCGAUAUUCGAGACCACGGAUAUUACUCCGCCACCUUUGCCAAUAUCACUAUGGAAUGCUAUGAACCGCCUGCCGGGUCGGGAGAUGGGCAUCGCUCGUAUGCUUAUCUCGACAAGAAAGGUCUGGAAAGCUCCGUGCUUGUUACGAACAAUAACACGGUUCUGCCCGAUAUGGGUCAUACUGGCUUGAAUAUGGGGACUGGAAAUUCAAGUUCAAGCUCUUCGUCAGGCUCGGAUUCUGGCGAUGGUCCGUCGACUACAUCGACGUCGUCGAAGUCGGGUAGCACGGAGUUUGUUCAGUACGCGAAUAACGCCCCCGGACAGGUGCCCCAGAAUGUGUGGCUAGCUGCUGUGGUUCUGCUAUUCUCGAUGAUCAUCUCAUAA